AUGUCUUAUCAUAUUGAGCAAGCAACUAGAGCCAACGACCCUGUCAACAACGCCCGGAAACAAAGCAUUGCCAGCAUGACGCAGAACAACACUGGCGAGAUCAAAAAUGCUCUCACCGGUAUACCGAAAGCGGACCUUCUUCGAGAUGUCGAGGAUUACGCGCAAAAGCAUCAAUUGACUGAUGCUUUGCCGUACCUUCGCAAAGGCGCUCUUGUUGCACAACGCCCCGACGACUUCGAAUGCCUCGAAGAGCUAGACGAAGAAGACCGCGAAGCGUUGCGAGUGGAGAAAACACACAAAUGGAAGCACCCGAAAAUGCUCUACUACACCAUCCUCUUGAAUUCCUUCAGCGCCAUCAUUCAAGGAUGGGACCAGACGGGCUCAAACGGAGCCAACCUAUCGUUUCCACAAGCCUUCGGUAUCGAAGAGAGGGGAGAUCGUUGUACAGCGGCUGGGACUUGUGAAAGGAAUUCUUGGAUUAUCGGAGCCAUCAACAGCGCGCCAUACAUGGCAAUUGCCCUCUUUGCUUGUUGGCUCUCGGACCCUUUAAACAAUCUCCUCGGCCGCCGUGGUACCAUCUUUAUCGGCGCUAUCUUUAGCCUGUUCGCUCCCAUCGGCCAAGCCCUCGCUCAAACUUGGCCCCAAAUCCUGGUUAGCAGAAUUCUCCUUGGGAUCGGACUAGGCCUCAAGGAGGUUACAGUCCCUGUCUACUCGGCUGAAAACUCACCUACCAACAUUCGUGGAGCUUUGGUCAUGUCAUGGCAGCUGUGUGUUGCUUUCGGUAUCAUGCUAGGAUUCACCGCGAACCUUGUUGUGGUCAACACCGGAGACAUCGCAUGGAGGCUUCAGUUUGGAUCUGCGUUUAUUCCGGCAGUACCGCUGCUUCUUGGAACCUAUUUUGCCCCAGAGUCGCCGAGAUGGCUAAUUAAGAAAGGGAGACAUGGCAAGGCAUACAGAUCGCUUCUCCGGCUACGCAACUCACCACUUCAGGCCGCUAGAGAUUUGUAUUAUAUCCAUGCACAGCUACUUGCCGAGGAGAUUUUGAUAAAAGCCGAGGGGUUUGAGAAGGCUAGCUUCUUCACAAGAGCUGUGGAACUAUUCACUGUUCCCCGCAUACGUCGGGCAACCCAGGCAUCUGGAAUUAUUAUGAUUGCUCAGCAGAUGUGCGGUAUUAAUAUCAUUGCCUUUUACUCGUCGACAAUAUUUUCUCAAGCAGGCGCAAGCAACAUUACCGCGCUACUUGUGUCAUGGGGUUUUGGUAUGACAAUGUUCCUCUUUGCUUUCCCGGCUCUCUACACGAUUGACACUUGGGGCCGUCGCACUCUUCUCAUUGCCACUUUCCCUUUCAUGUUCCUCACUCUACUCGGUGCAGGCAUGUCAUUCUACAUCCCCGAAUCCUCCAAGGCUCACCUGGGCAUGAUUGCAUUUUUCAUUUUUGCAUUCGUCGCCUUCUACUCCCCAGGAGAAGGCCCCUGUGCAUUCGUCUACUCUGCUGAGGUCUUCCCCCUUUCGCAUCGAGAGAUGGGCAUGUCAUGGGCGGUGGCGACGAAUAACUUCUGGGCUGCUGUGCUGGGACUUACGUUCCCGCGCAUGUUGCUCUUGUUCACACCUGCGGGAAGCUUCGGAUUCUAUGCAGGAUUGAACAUCGUCGCGCUCGUUGCAAUAUUCUUGUUCAUGCCGGAGACCAGCAAGAGGAGUUUGGAAGAACUCGACUACGUUUUCGCUGUCCCCACAACGAUUCACGCAAAAUACCAGCUAACUCAGGUUUUGCCAUGGUGGGUCAAGAAUUACGUGCUUCGCCAGAAGCAUACAGUGGAACCAGAAUUAUAUCACUUUGAGAGCACUGAGGCAUACCCGAGAGGAUCGGAUCACGCCAACAAUUCAGAUGAGAAGGAGUAGCUACUUGUACAAGGAUUGGACCGCCA